GUCUUCGGGUGCCUGCGUAAAUGACAAGCAAGUGGUGCUGAUGCUGUGACAAUGGGAGUCGUCCGGAUAAGCAUCAUCUGGGGCGAGUGAGCCUAAAACACGGCGGCAGCGCACACGACGCUCAGCGGAGUGCAACGGGACGGAAAGGCAGCUGGGCACCGACGGGGAGGAAGCUCCAGCUGCUGCUCUCUCAGGCCAAGCGAUGGGAGCCUUCAGCCGACAGAAGUUCUUCCAGGAGCUGGCUCACGGCUGCCUGUUGCCGACAGCACAGCAGGGCCUGGAGCAGGUGUGGCAGCUGCUGGUUAUCUGCCUGCUGUGCCGCCUUCUCUGGAUGCUAGGCCUCCCGUCUUACGUCAAGCACCUGGGCACAGUGGCCGGAGGUUUCUACACUCUCUAUCUGUUCUUUGAACUUCAUAUGAUCUGGGUGGUCCUUCUCAGCCUCCUCUGCUACCUCUUCCUGUUCCUGUGCCGCCACUCAACCAUCCGAGGCACCUUCCUCUCCAUCACUGUGCUCAUCUACCUGCUCUUGGGAGAGUUGCACAUGAUGGACACGACCAACUGGCACAAGAUGAGAGGUUCCCAAAUGGUGGUCGCCAUGAAGGCCAUCUCUCUGGCCUUUGACCUGGACAGAGGCGUUGUGAGCAGUGUGCCCUCACCCAUUGAGUUCAUGGGCUACAUUUACUUUGUGGGCACCGUCAUCUUCGGUCCCUGGAUCAGCUUCAACAGCUACAAAGAAGCUUUGGAAGGACGAAAGCUGAGCUUUGCUUGGCUUUUCAAAGUGUCUGCUAGUUGGGUGAAGAGCCAGGUCUGUCUCGUCGUUUCCAACUGCGUGGCGCCGUACCUCUUCCCUUAUUUCAUACCUGUCUAUGGAGAUAAGCUCCUGCGAAGCAAAAAACGGAGGAAGGUCAGAGGUGCACUGACAAAGUGGCUGCUGGCGUAUGAGAACACAAUGUCCUUCCACUUCAGCAACUAUUUUGUUGGUUAUUUGAGCGAGACGACCACCAGUCUGGCCGGGGCAGGUUUCACCGAGGAGAAAGAGAACCUCAAAUGGGACAUUUCCGUGUCCAGGCCUCUGAAUAUAGAGUUCCCCCGGUCGAUGGUGGAGGUGGUGACGUCAUGGAAUCUUCCCAUGUCUCGCUUUCUGCACACCUAUGUUUUUACGAGCGCUCUCAAGUUUGGGACCUUCUCCGCCAUCAUGGUGACGUACACAGCCAGCGCCCUUCUGCAUGGUUUGAGUUUUCAUCUGGCUGCAGUGCUGAUAUCACUGGGGUUUAUCACAUACAUCGAGCACGUGUUGCGGAAGAGGCUUGCAACUAUAUUUAAUGCCUGUGUACUGUCAAGGAAAUGUCAACCAAACUGCACUCACCAGAACAAAAAGAAGCUUUGGGUGUAUGUGAUUAACAUAACAUUCAGUGCUUUGGCAAUACUCCACCUGACGUAUCUGGGCUCUGUGUUCAACUCCAGCGUGGACUACAUGGAGGAGGAUGAGGAUGAUAUCACCCAUCAUACCAUUCAGAAGUGGUCGGAGCUCAGCUGGACCAGCCACUGGGUCACGUUUGGAUGCUGGAUAUUGUACCGCCUCGUUCUCUAAUAACCAGAGACAGAGGAAGGCUGAAGGAAGCAAUAAUGUGAGCUGUAAGGCUGGUUUUCCACCGCACUGUGAGUUUAUCCCGCAUCCGAUCGAUGGGAACAGAAUCAACCUGUACACAACAAUAAAGCAACACACGGUGCUGGCUGUGCUCCAGGUUGGUGGGGGGUUGGGUGUGUAUUAUUGCAGUCUGCUGGGGACUAGUUUUGAUAUCCAUGAAAUGAUCGCCUCGCCUCUUUUCCUGCCUAUCGCAUCCUUUUUUUUUUAAAUCCGAGCCGCAGUUGUCGAGCCCUCGUGUUGUGACAGCAGUUACCGAUGUUUCACUGUGAGUCACAAUCAAUACCCAUCAGCAUGGUGAAGAUCGGCUGCUCCUUCCUGCUGACACAUGAUAGAGCCCAUUAUCUAGGUAUCACUGUCAACCGCGACAGAUGUCCUCCAGAUGUGCUCUCCACCUCACGAGACAGUAUUUCACGGUCGUCGUUUUGGGUUUAAAGAUGUGUUCUGUACUCGACAAGCUCCAUAAGAACAAAACCAGCAAUGUGACAGUACAUCUUUUAAUACGUUUUUAAUCUCUGAGCCCAAACAUAACUUUAACUAUGUCCUAGAAGUGGGUACUGUAGUUAUUAGCAAAUGUUGUUUGUUAGGGACUACUACGGGUCUCCUCAGCAUGUGUCAGACAACAGAGACUUUUGAAUGAACAGAGCACAUGUUAUCUUUACAUGGCAACAAUUUUUAUUGUUGCUAAUUAUGAUUUUUCCAACAACAGAUCUACAGAUUCUUUUUUGUGGUGCCAUUUUCUAAUGUCUUAGUAUUUAGAUUUAGGGUAUUUCCUCUAAAGUGAAUUCUCUGCCUUUGUUUAGAUGAGGUUUUAUUAGUAUUGGUAACACUUUCUUCAGUAUUGGAAAUGAAAGUUUAGAGUCAGGGUAUUACAUGUUACUUCCAAUGUCAUAUUACACCUUCGACAUUAAAUUAUAGUAGAAUAAAUCAGAUAUUUAUCUAUAAAUACAGAUUUUUAUUAUAAUGCUGCUUUUAUUGAUGCAUUUACGUAAAUGAACACCUGUUUCAAUCAUGAUCACAUUGUAUCAGUAUCUUUCUUAACCAUAGAAUAUGAAAUUAUUAGCUUUGUGACUAGGUUGUAGUGUUUUAGAAUAGACCCUGAGCAGCCAGUCUCCACGUACCUGACGUCACUCCAGCGUAUAUUUGAAAUGCUACUCUGAUACUUUCUUUGUUCCCUGUAAAUGUGAAGUCACUGAAACACCUGUGAUAUUUUUAUAAAAUUUUACAUGAAACCUGGA